AUGUACUUAGCUGGUGUCCUUAGCGUGUCCGUGUCCGUGUUUAGCCUGUCCUUAGAGUGUCCGUGUUCUUAUGUGUAUGUGUCCUUAGUGAGUAUCUGUGUCCUUAGUGCGUCCGUGUCCAUAGUGUGUAUCUGUGUCCUUAGUGCGUCCGUGUCCUUAGUGUGUAUCUGUGUCCUUAGUGCUGCGUCCGUGUCCUUAGUGAGUAUCUGUGUCCUUAGUGCGUCCGUGUCCUUAGUGUGUAUCUGUGUCCUUAGUGCGUUCGUGUCCUUAAUGUGUAUGUGUCCUUAUGCGUCCGUGUCCUUAGUGUGUAUCUGUGUCCUUAGUGCGUCCGUGUCCCUAUUGCGUCUGUGUCCUUAUACGUCCGUGUCCCUAUUGUGUCUGUGUCCUUAG